AUGGCUCUCAAGGCUGCUGUUACACUAGCAAUCUCGCUCUCUGCUACUUUGUCAUUGGCAACUCCUCUUGAUAAGAGAAUUGUUAAUGGUCAAGAUGCUAAGGAAGGUGAAAUCAAGUUCAUUGUCAGCAUUCGCGAUAACAACGGUGUGCAUAACUGCGGAGGCAGUCUGCUAGACAGCACUACAGUUCUUACCGCUGCUCAUUGCUGUCACUACGCCAAUCUCACCUCCGUAACGGCUGGAACAUUGAGGUCUAAGCCGGGGUUGGGAGUAGAAGCACAAAUUGCAACCUUCAAGACGCACCCUAAUUACAUUCCGUUCUUUGACAAAGGCGGCCUUUACGAAACACUCAAGCGUGAGAAACUUGACAAACUAUCUUGGGAAGAUAAUGAUAUCGCAAUUGUGAAAUUAUCAACUCCGAUCGAAAAGAGCAACGCUAUUGAGUUUGCCACGCUGCCUCCUGCAGGCUCGGAUGCCGUGGUCGAUUCCAACGCAGUUGCUGCCGGCUGGGGUUGGCAAGCCCCGCGGGCCGGGGACGAUUUCCAGCCAAUCGUGCCGGCUGAAACACUUAGCAAGGUUGUUCUUCCUGUCCACGCACGCGAGGAAUGCGCCAAGUACGCAGGUUUUGGUGACAGAGAGACCAUUAUCUGCGCCGGUGGAAAGGGCAAGAAUGUGUGCACUGCAGAUAGCGGUGGUCCUCUUUUUGACGAGAAAACGGGACAGGUACUCGGAAUCACGUCAAUCACCAUCGAGGAUACAGUCGGCGAAUCUGACGGAGAAACUUGCAACCGGGUUCCUGGUCUAUUUACCAGAGUCGGCAGUUACAUCGACUUUAUCAACGAACAUGUUGGUUCUGCUUCCAACGCCACGACGUUAUUCUCCAGGCUGCCUUAA